AUGGUAUGCAAGGUUGACUGCUGCAGUUUCAAAGGUUUUCAACACUCAUUGAAUGAGUAUUCACUUUUUUACAAAUGCAUUGGUAGCUCUGUUUCUAUAUUAGCCGUAUAUGUGGAUGAUAUUUUGCUCACAUGUAAUGAUAUGACAGAGAUGGAAGCAUUGAAAUCUUUCCUAGAUUCAAAAUUCAAGAUCAAGGAUUUAGGUAACUUGCACUAUUUUUUGGGCAUUGAAGUCAUUCCAAAGCGUCACGGUUUAAUUCUCACCCAAAGAAAAUUCAUUCUGGAACUCUUAUCUGAAUAUGAUUGCCUUGGAUUCAAACCUGCCUCUUCACCUCUGGAUCCCACUCUAAAAUUACAAGCAGACACGGGUUCUCCUCUUCCAGAUCCCAGUGUUUACCGGCGGCUAAUUGGACAACUAAAUUUUCUAACUCAUAAGAGGCCUGAUAUCUCUUUUUCGGUCCAGCAUCUUAGCCAAUAUAUGCAAUCUCCACAUCAAGCACAUUUUUCAGCUACGCACCAUGUUCUUCGAUAUCUUCUUUCCAAUCCUGGUUUGAGGAUUUUUCUCAAUCCCUCUCCUUCUUUCACUCUCCUAGCUUUUUGCAAUUCUGAUUGGGCUACUUGCCUAGAUUCUAGACGGUCUGUUAGUGGUUUUUUUUAUUAG